AUGGCCUGUGAGUCAACUCAGUCAGAUGCUGCUUCUGGAAAGGAGAGACUGGAUCCUGGGCGGCAUAGCAAGGCGGUAUGGCGGGGCAGUGCGCUGGAGCUGCAGCGCAAGAGCAAGGCGGAGUGGAGGGGAAGGGCGUUGGAGCUGGUGUUGAAGGAGGCCAACUGGGCCAGCAGCCUGCUAUUGCGCCUGCACCGCAUGUCCGAUGCUGCCGCUUCUCACCCCCUGCCGGCGUUGGAGCUGGUUCUAAAGGAGGCCAACUGGGCCACGAGCCUACGCGUGCGCCUGCACCGCAUGUCCGAUGCCCGCCCUGACCUUCUCGACGCGCGGCUGACCAUGUGGGGCGAUAAGGAUGGCGUUGAUGCCAAGAAGCUGCUGCUCAGGCACGGUGUGGUGCUGGCGGAGGAGCUGGAUGACGUGGCAGAGAGGAGGAGGGGGUGCAAGUACGUGUUGGUGGUGGACGAGCAGAUCGGCACGCGUGACAUGUGUCGCGCUCUCAGUGGCCCACAGGCCGUCAUCCGCCACGUGUCAGGCUACACGGAGUUCUUUGACCCGCUGCUGCUGCCAGGCGUGCACUACGCGCCCGUGGGGCACAG